GCAUCGCACUCGCUGUUCCAGACGCAGGCUCGCUGAGACACACCUACUUUUGUGGUACUGUGCUAGCAAAUAGUUAGCCCCACACCGCAGAAUAUUUCGGGGCCCGACUAGCGAUCGUCGACCGAAGCAAUUUGCUUGGGCACAACUGCGGCCCUUACUCCUUAACCAGUAGGAAUUUGGCGAUUUCCACCUUGAGUUUUGACCGUGGCCAAUAGGGAGCAGCAACCAUGGCGAACGCGGUCGAGCGCAGCUGCACCAUGCUUGUCUAUAACGACAAGCAGGCCUCUGCCAGCGAAAUCAGGGAGGCUCUUGAGGGCAAUGACCCGUUGGCGAAGCAGGCGGCCAUGAAGAAGGCGGUGUCGCUGCUGCUUGCGGGCGAGCAGCUCCCAGCUCUCUUCAUUACCAUCGUGCGCUACGUGCUGCCCUCGGAGGACCACAUGGUGCAGAAGCUGUUGCUAUUGUAUCUGGAGGCGAUUGAGAAGACGGACGCGUCGGGCAAGCUGCUGCCGGAGAUGAUUCUGAUUUGCCAGAACCUGCGCAACAACCUGCAGCACCCCAAUGAGUACAUUCGCGGUGUGACGCUCAGGUUUCUGUGCCGCAUCAAGGAGGAGGAGAUCCUGGAGCCGCUGGUGCCCUCCAUCCUGGCCAACCUGGAACACCGCCACAGCUACGUGCGCCGCAAUGCCGUGCUGGCCAUCAACUCCAUCUACAAGCUGCCCAAGGGUGAGCUGCUGAUGCCGGACGCUCCGGAGACCAUCGAGCGGCUGCUGCGCCAGGAGCAGGACCUGUCUGCGCGGCGCAACUGCCUGGCCAUGCUGACCAACCACGCCACCGACCGCGCCAUCCGCUACCUGCUGGACAGCGCCGACCAGCUGGGCAGCUGGGGCGACCUGCUGCAGCUGUCCGCGCUGGACCUCAUCCGCAAGGCCUGCCGCUCCUCGCCCGCGGAGAAGGGCAAGUUCAUCAAGACCAUCCUGGUGCUGCUGCAGUCGCCCAGCCCCGCCGUCAUGUACGAGUGCGCCGUCACGCUGACCAGCCUGUCGUCCGCGCCCUCCGCCGUGCGCGCCGCCGCCAACUGCUUCUGCACGCUGCUGGCCAGCCACUCCGACAACAACGUCAAGCUGAUCGUGCUGGACCGGCUGCAGGAGCUUAAGGAGAAGCACCGCGAGGUGAUGACGGAGGUGGUGAUGGACACGUUGCGCGCGCUGUCCUCGCCCAGCCUGGACAUCCGCAAGAAGACACUGGACAUCAGCCUGGACCUCAUUACUGCCCGCAACAUCGACGAGGUGGUGGGCGUGCUGAAGAAGGAGGUGGUCAAGACGCAGAACAAGGAGUACGACAAGGCCGGCGAGUACCGCCAGAUGCUGGUGCAGGCCAUCCACAGCUGCGCGGUGAAGUUCCCCGAGGUGGCGGGCAACGUGGUGCACGUGCUCAUGGACUUCCUGGGCGACGCCAACACCGCCUCGGCGCUGGACGUGAUCUUCUUUGUGCGCGAGAUCAUGGAGACCAACGCGCGCCUGCGCCCCAACGUGCUGGAGCGCCUGCAUACCAUCUUCUACCAGAUCCGCUCCAGCCGGGUGGUCAGCUGCGCGCUGUGGAUCAUGGGCGAGUACUGCGCCACCACCUCGGAGAUCGUGGCGGCGCUGGCCACUCUGAAGGAGGCGCUGGGGCCCGUGCCCUUCCUGGCUGAGCCCACAGAGGACGAGGCUGCUGCCCCCGCCGCCGGCUCGAGCGCCGCCGCCGCGGCACCCACCGCGACGGUCGGCUCCAAGCGGCCCGCGGUGCUGGCGGACGGCACCUACGCCACGCAGAGCGCCGUGGCUGAGGUGAGCUCCGCCUCGGCGCUGGCGGCCACGGGCGCCGGCUCCGGCCCCAACCUGCGCGCGCUGCUGCUGGCGGGCGACUUCUUCCUGGGCGGCGUGGUGGCGGGCACGCAGGUCAAGCUGCUGCUGCGGCUCAAGGCGCUCAAGGAGACGCCGGGCCCCCAGCUGAACGCCUACACCGCGGAGGCGAUGCAGUACGUGGUGGCCACGCUGCGCCUGGGCGAGGCGGCGGGCGCCACGCCCACGCCGCUGGACGCCGACAGCCGCGACCGCAUGAUGCUGUGCCUGCGCGUGCUGGCAGGGCAGGACACCUGGUCCAACGAGGUGUGGCUGGCGGACUGCCGCGCCGCGUUCGCGAGCCUGACGCACGAGAAGCAGCGCGAGGCCAACGCGCGCAAGGCCAGCGCCCAGGCGCGCGCCGCCGUACAGCCGGACGACCUCAUCGACUUCCAGGUGCUCAAGAACCGCAAGGGCCUGUCGCAGCUGGAAGUGGAGGACGAGGUCACGUCCGACCUGGCGCGCGCCACGGGGUACGCCGAGGCCGCCGCCGCCGCCUCUAGCCGCCUCAACCGCGUCCUGCAGCUGACGGGUCUGUCCGACCCCGUGUACGCCGAGGCGGUGGUGACGGUGCACCAGUACGACAUCGUGCUGGACGUGACCGUCACCAACAGGACGGCGGAGACGAUGCAGGCGCUGUGCCUGGAGCUGGCCACCAUGGGCGACCUCAAGCUGGUGGAGCGGCCGCAGAACUACACGCUGGCGCCCGGGGACACAAAGCUCAUCCGCGCCAACAUCAAGGUCUCAUCCACCGAGACCGGCGUCAUCUUCGGCAACAUCGUGUACGAGGGCACUGGGUAUGCGGAGCGCAGUGUGGUGGUGCUCAACGACAUCCACAUCGACAUCAUGGACUACAUUUCGCCCGCCUACUGCGCCGACGUGCAGUUCCGCAACAUGUGGGCUGAGUUCGAGUGGGAGAACAAGGUGGCCAUCGCCACCAGCUUCAACGACGUGGCGGCGUUCCUGCAGCACAUCAUCGCCACCACCAACAUGAAGUGCCUCACGCCGCCCUCCGCGCUAGAGGGCGAGUGCGGCUACCUGGCCGCCAACCUGUACGCCAAGUCGGUGUUCGGCGAGGACGCGCUGGUCAACGUGUCGGUGGAGAAGACGGCGGGCGGGCCGGACGGCGCGGGCGGCCGCCUGGUGGGCUACAUCCGCAUCCGCUCCAAGACGCAGGGCAUCGCGCUCUCGCUGGGCGACAAGAUCACGCUCAUGCAGAAGGCGCCGCCCGCCACCGCCGCCGCGUGAGGCGCCUCGGCCGCGUGAGGCGCCUCGGCCGCGUGAGGCGCCUCGGCUGAGUCAGGCCGCCUCGGCAGCUGAGGGCGCCUGGGCCCCCUCGGCAGCAGAGGCUGCCUGGGCCGCUUGAGGCCGCCGCCGCGGAAGGCUGUGACGGCAGUGUGCGCGUUGGAGGAAAGAGGGCAGAUGUGGGCCGAAGGAGGAGGAGGAGGAACAGGGCGGUGUGCAGGGUGCGCUGGUAAGAGGGAUGCGGAAGGCGCGCUGCGUGCGUAGCAGCGGGUUUGAAGGAGGGAGCAGGCGGUCGCGGAGCGUGUGGAUCAGGCGGGUGCGUGGGGCGGUCGCUGCUUGCUGGGCAUGUGACAAGGAACUGGAGGGGGGUGUGACUAGGGUUCAGCCGAAGCAGGGGCCGUUGGCAACCAGCCAACCACAGAUGAAGGGCAGGCCCAACGCGGAUAGCGCACUGGGGCCGGCAACUAGGCGCGAUUGUGGAGUAGCGGGGUAGGGCGUGUGGAGGGUCCACGUAGGUUUUGACACGGAGGAGGCGUUAGGGUGCCCUGCCUACGUAUGUCUGGAUGGGUGGAAUCUAUCGGUGUGCAUGCUUGAGUGGAAUGGCACCUUCCUGGUCAGCCUGUAGCAGAAGAGACCGGUCGGGCGACAAAAGCGCGGACAUGCUGGGUAUGGAUGUGGCCUCAUUUUGUGGAGGGCAAGUCUGGACAGUGUAUGCAAGCCCCCACACGUUCAAUGAUGGCAUGCACGACAUUAGGUAAGUAGGUUUGACCCCGUGCCUGUGCUGCCUGUAAGGCUUUCACGCA